CAGCCAGGCACUGACCUCCAUGUGGCCCCCUCCUCUGUCUCCACGUGCCACCCAUUUCCUCAUUACCAUCGUUAAUAUUCUUCCUUUCUAGAUCACUCUCCUCAAAUAAUUCCGCGGCAUAAUUCUCCCAAAUCCCUAACCUUCUUUAGGGUUUCGGAUUUCCGUUCUAGCAAGAAUCUUCCCUCGCAUCCUCUGCGUCGAUUGUUUACCGUUAAAUCAUCGCCAUCAUCGUGGACUGUAUAUACUAUUCCAAAGGAAGGAUCUUGCCAUUUCUGCCUUAUAGUGAAUUGGGAAUCGACAAUUUGGUCUUGGGCCGACAAGUGAUCCAUAAUUGGGGCGGUUUCCUUCACGUGAAUGGCGGUUUAUUGCUAUUGAUCUCGGUAUAAGGAGCUUCUCUCUCUUCAUACUUAGUCAUGGAUUCGGUGGAUAAAUCUGCUGAUGCUCUUGAUUUCGUGGGGGGUGGUGAAUUGGCUGCCAAUGCAGCCAGUGCUUCUCGUCGAAGUAUGGAGAAUGUAGGAGUUGGGAAUGGAAAGCUUGAGGCUAAUGGGUCGUUUUCGAAUGUGGUUACUGGGUCUGAAACUAGUAGUAACAUUGAUGACAUUGCUUUUCGGAAUGGCGGAGUUACUGAGGAAGGUUUUGGGAGCAAGCAAGUGGGGAGUUCAUCGAAUUCAUCACCUAGAUUGUCGGUGUCCCCUGCUGCAGGGACGUCUCCUACGAUGAAAGGCUAUGGUCUGAAGAAAUGGAGGCGAAUUAGGAGAGAUAUGAUUAAGGAUGGUAGUGGUGGUAUGGAUAGUGGCAAAGCCAUGAAGAGGGGUUUGUCUGGCUCUGGUAAUCCGGUCAGACCGGUUAAUCUCGCUUCACCAAUGGGGGAUAAGCUAUCUAAUGAGGGUUUUAUUGGCUCUGUUCAUGGGAAUGGUGUUCCUGGGUCUAGUUUGGACUCUAGGUUCGCUGUUGGCUCUGCUUUUGCUGCUGGUGCAGACUCUGAGAAUAGUAUUAGCGAGGAUCGGAGUAGUAAGUCGUCAACAGCAGCCAGUGCUCCAAGAGCAAGGAAUGACCUUGCUGGUGGAUCAGGCUACGGGUGGGAGAAAAAUAGAACCAAACCUUUGAAUGCAAAGGUUGCUGUAAUCUCAGCUCAACGUGGUCAACUAGGGAAGGGGCAUGUGGAGAGUAGUAAGAAAGCUAGAGGAGAGAGGGCCAUGAUUGAGAAAGAAAACUCUCAGUCCAGCAUGGAAUCUGAUUCACGAAGCUCCAACUUUGUUUUUACUCAGGGUCUUUACUCGGUCACCAGCAAUGGUAAGCAGAGUGAAACAUCAUUGAAUGAUGAUGGCGAGAAUAGCUAUGAUGCACAUGCAGGUGAGCAUCAAGGUAGUGUGGAAUUUCACACUGGCUAUGAUCAUGAGACUGUUGAAGAAGUUGGAUACCAUUCUCAAGAUGGUUCAGCAGUCGAUGCAUCAUCGCAAAAUAAGGAUGAGAAAAUUGAGAAUAACCACCCUUUGAAAGCCAAGGAUCCUUUAGUUGAAUCCAUGUUUAUGCUGCAGUCUGUGCAGGAAGCCCUUGAAAGUGAGAUCCAAAAACUGGGGGAGAUUGGAAAGAUCAGCAGCAACCCCACAGAUCCUCCUCAGACAGAUCCAGAAGUUUCCUCAAGCCCGUUCGCUCGGUUUGAAGCAGCAACUGUUGCAAUGUUAUCCGAAAAUGUAAAACAUCUAGAAAGCAGGCUGAAGGAGGCAUUGGCAAUGCUGUGUGCAAAGGAGGCCAGGGUCGCUGAACUAGAAGACACCUUGCAGCGCAGCAGGUCAAACAGUCAACGAACAAGUACGGACGAGAUGGAGCUCGAGGCUAUAUUCAAGCAGAAGCUGGAGGCCGAGGUUCAAUGUUUGGCAUUAACAAAGACACUACAGCAUUCUACACGUGGAGAAAUGGAAGCCCUAAUUGGGGAGCAAGAGCAAAUGGUGCAGAAAUUCAAACAAGUUGAGAGUAACGCUGAGGCGGUGAAGAGAGGCGUGGAGGUUUUGGCUGCGGAGAAGGAGGGGAAGGAGAUUCGUCAAGGGUUGCGCAAGGCAGCUUCUUGCUUCUUCAUCCAGUUGAUGCUGCUGAUCUUGGUGGUUUGGUUCGUUGUUUCGCAGCUGUCUCCUCAUUCUGGGGCUUCUGUACCCACAUGAAGUGGUGCCUUCAAGAACACUAGGGGUGGCCAGGAUCAGGUCGGAUUUGGUAUAGGUCCGGGGUCAUAAAUAGAGGGAAAACAAGGACCAGAACCAGUUGCAAAGCACGUUAGAUCUGAUUCCGUACGGCCUGUUCUUUCCUUCAUUGUUAGAGAGAAUUUGUGGAAUCAACACAGGGAUUGACAUCAGAUCGGAUUAUACUUCAAGCCGAUUUGUUCAAUUCAGUCCGGCGUUCAACUCUCUAAAAAUAGGCCUGGUGUUCUUCUUUUCCUCUCUUCUAUGUGUAAUUCCCAGCAGCAGCAGCAGCAGCAUUUCCUUUGUUAGUAGGCAGGAUGGAAGUGAAUGGUUAUAGUUUCAGUGUCUACUUAUUUUGUUAUAUUUUCCUGAUGGGAAUGGGGGAAGAACUUGGGGCAGAGGGUCUUUGUGAUGGGCUUGUUCAGUUUUGUAACAAAGAAGCUACUACUUGAGAUUAUUCUCUGUGUGGCAACUGUUGUAUCUUCUUUACAGGAGAGUAAAGAGUUAAGUGCCCUUAUCCUGUGUAGUCAGCACUUCAGCUGUUCUUUGUAUAACAAGAUCUCAUUUACUUAAUGUGAUCAUGAGAUUAAGA